AAGGACUCUGGUUUGGUAUUGCUGAUUCAUCACCAGCAGGUCUCGGCACAUACACUGUCGAGACCCGGUCGAACUGCCACGCACGAUCGACCAACCGGUGAUUUCGUAAUAACACAGACAAAGGCGGCAGACUGUCAGCUUAAAAAUGCCAUGUGUCGGAAUUACAGGAUCGUGAGGGGGGUGUACGCUUCUGAAGCUUGGGAUUCCCUUGUUUUAAGGCUGAAACUCAGAAGAGAAAGGGUCGUUAGUAACAGUUUAGUGCGACAAAACCCUUCGGUAACAACACAUAACCUCAUUAGCUAUUGACGGUUCUCUCCCAGAGAAGCGGCAGCAGUGGACACAAGCUGGACACGUUCAGGCCUGUGCAGAAGAGCAAGGCUCUUGUGGCAUGACGACGACUAACAAGGGAAAUAAAGCCUUAAAGGUGAAGCGUGAGCCGGGUGAGAAUGGCACCAGUCUCACAGAUGAGGAGCUGGUGACCAUGUCUGUACGGGAGCUAAAUCAGCACCUCCGAGGGCUCUCUAAAGAAGAGAUCCUGCAACUGAAACAGCGGAGGCGCACCCUUAAGAACCGGGGCUAUGCCGCCAGCUGUCGAGUGAAGCGAGUCACCCAGAAGGAGGAGCUGGAGAAGCAGAAGGCCCAGCUGCAACAGGAGGUGGACAAACUGGCCAAUGAGAAUGCUUCGAUGAGGAUUGAGCUGGAUGCUCUGAGAUCCAAGUAUGAGGCUUUGCAGACCUUUGCCAGGACUGUGGCACGGAGCCCCACUGUUGGGGUUGGGGUGAGGGCUGGAGGGGGGGGGGGAGGAGGGGGAGGGGUGGCGUCAUCAGUCAUUGGUCCGCUCAUACCAGGGAAGGUGGCGACGGCGACAAGCGUGAUUACAAUAGUGAAGUCAAAAACAGACGCACGGUCUUGAGGGAGAAAAAUCUAGAUGAGGGUGUAACAGGAUGGAGUUCAGCUGCAUCAGAGUAAUUGUUCUUCUCUGCUGCCCUCCUUCUCCUCCACCUGCACCGACUUCAAACAGCUGGGCAGCAUCACUUGCAUCGCUUCAGCAUGUUUCCGUCACCCUCGUCACAGAUCAGUGCAGAUGAAGGACAGGAUGGAAACAGAGGAAGAUUAUUGAGUCUGUGAAGAAGCUCUUGGUCAGGAUAUGAACAUGCAGAACAGGAACAUUUUUUUACGGGUCCCUAAGGUCACUGUAUAGAUGGAAAUGUCAAUGAACUAGAGAACUGUCUGUUUUAAUGUUAGGAAUAUAAUUCUAAAAAUAUGAAAUGUCCAAAAUGCUGAAAUCUUUGGAUUUUGGUUGUUUGCUUUUCAAAUAAUUGAAAUUAUCAGUAUUGAGUUUGACUGCUGGUACUGAAGAGUCUUAUGCCUUUAAGUGCAAAACAACCCUGUUGAAUUUGUUGAAAAUAAUGAAAAUUAGAUUACUCUAAAAAAAAAAAAAAAAAAAAAUCUAAAUAAUACAUUAUGUAUGUAAUAGAAUCAUACAGUUUGUGUUAUGGAUUAGUUAAUGAUUAGUGAAAGAUUUAUGUGACCUGCUGUUUUCAGUGGCUGCACUGAGGCCCCAUCUUGUUCCACCUACCCAAGAACUUUUUCAGAAAAGUACUAUAGAAAAAUAUAUAUUACACAAUGGUGGUAACUGUAUUUCUACUGUUUUGUACUGUGUUGUCAUUCACAUGAGGUCCAAGGUGUAUUCUCUGUGUGUGAAUUGUUAUAUAUCAGGAAUUCUGUGAAAUUCUGUGGCGUGUGUUUGUUUUGGUAUCGCUAUAUUUAGUUAGCUGUAUUAUUUUUUUCUAGUUUCCUAACUUUUGAUGUGCGACUCCCACUCUCGCUUAUCUAUUCUCUUUGUCCUUCCUGUUUUGUUUUUGUUAUUUCCAUCUCCAACAGGCUUCCAUAAUUACAUUCAGUACUUCCUGGAUUUAUCAAAAAGAAGGGGGCCAAGAAAAUUGAUGCUUGUGAAAAAACUAAGAGAAAAACAUAAAAAUAAUUUAUUAUAUUUGAUGUGAGAGUAUUAGGGUAUAGAAAUUGUAGUUUGAAGACCUGAAUGAAGAUUAAGGUUUUUUUCUGUCUGAAAAAUUUGGAAGGGCAAGUGCCUUGGUCUCCUAACAACAUGCAAAAAGGGAGUGAAGACUUGAGGAAGGAUGGCAGCGAUUCUGUGCUGGUUUAAACUGAUUAUUUAGAGGGGGAAAAGAUCAUAACAGGAUUUAACCAUUGCUGAGUGGUAACCAUCAGAACUUAUAAAAUUAAUACCACUCGAUUAUUUGACUCUUGAGUUAUUUUUUUAAGAAUGCUCUGCAAAGCAUAAGUCCAUAUUUAUCCUAAUUUUCCUGCAUGGAAAUUACACUUUUGAGCGUUUCUGCUCUAUCAUGAGGAAAACAUUCAUUUGUUUGACUGUUUGAUUCACAUGCUAAUAAGUUUCUGUUGGCUGCUGACUCAAAUCUUUAGAUUAUUACACCUACAGGAAAUUGUUUUUGCCUGAAAUCAGCGUGGUCCAUGGUGCAUUCCUUUUGCUUUUCACCACAAUUCUCACUUUGCAUCAGCAAAUCUGGUUACUGACAGAGCAGUCAGGUAACGAGGAGAACUAAGAGAAUUUUCUGAAUUUCCAGUUGCACAAAUGGGCUGUAAGUUCUUGUGGGCUUUACCAUAAAAUUAGUCCUUUGUGGUGUUCUAUACUCAGAGAGUCUAUGUAUGGUGGCGUCUGUAAUUUUAUAAAGGAGAUUAUCUUUGCAUUGUUUGUAAUGACAUGUAAAAAAAAAAGGUAUUAAAAAUCUGUUUGAUAUACAAUAUCUCUAUUUUGCAAUUGUACCAAAAGUGGCUUAACUACUGAAUAGCUUUGUUUUUUCUCUAGUGAAUAGGCACGUGUGUAACGGUGGACUAGCGUGUGGUGUGCUGUGUAGGUAUGUGACGAGGUAAUAUAGUGUUCACUAUUUCAUGGAUACAACUUUGAUCUGUGUUGGAUUUUGUGCCGAAGCAGAUGAUGACAUAGUAUGUAACUGCACUCUGUCUCUAAUCUCAAAAUCUUUGUCCUUGCCAUCUCAUCACUCAGCUCCAGCACUGCAGACGCAUCAGAUCAGUUGUUAAACUGCACCUAUGAGGUUUGCAUUUCAAGUUCGCUUUGGCUGACCCCAUUUUACAUUUUACACUUUUUUGAACGAGUCUUUAUGUUUGGUUGUGGUCAUGUUCAGAACUCUCUGUUGCGGAUACAAUGACUGAUGAAAUGAGGGAGGUGUUAAGGUUAACCGCAGAAGAAUUGUGUUGUUGCAUAUUUGGGUCAUCUGGCUAUAAAAUGGAUAUGUGAAUCUCAGUGAUAGGGCUUUAAGGCUGCAUCACAACCACUCCUGGAAUAACUUACUUUUGUAGCAGGUGAUGAGAAUACUUUGUUUUUGUGUACAUUUUUAUUUAUAUUUAAUGUUGUCAGUUUAUUUGUUUUUAAGCUGUUCUGCAAGUGUCAGGGAAGAGAAAUGACAUUUGUUGUCGAAUAUGUUGUUUUAUAAAGUGAAAGAGUAUAUUCUACUAUUUAAUAGCCUGUCUGUCAAGAGGCAAGGUUUACCUUUGAGGACAAUUGUGUGGAAUAUUUUAACCUGAUUUAAAGCAGACAAGUUCUAUACAAUGAGGAAAAACACAACAAGCAGCCUUUUUACCUGAACUGCUACUCCACUGUGACAAAAGCUGGGUUAGCUGUGCAACUGCUGUGCAGUUAGUAUGAUUAUUAUGUUUUUCGUCAUCUGUGCAGAACGUUCAAAUAAAAGACAAUUUGAAGAGUGAGGAAAGGCCGAAGAAUUUUCCAAUAUUCUUUUUCAUUGAUAACUACUUGCCUGUUUAGUCAGGGGUGAGCUCAGAGAGCUUCAAAUGUCAAAGGAAUAUGACUUAUCAUGAUAAUAUACUCAAUGGUAUUCAGCUACAAAUGGAUUUCAGUGUAACACCCAGAAUGUUUAUUCAUUUUUAAGGCAUAAAAAGUGUCCAGCUUUGUUUGAACUAUUUGAUUAUACUGUAUAUUGAAUUUCUUAAGAUGUGUUUUUUCUUUCUCUGUCACUCUGAUACUUCCAUGUCUUUGUUUUUGUUGUUUUUUACUGGCAAGUCUUGCGCAUUGUGUUGUCAUUCUAAUAUAAAAUGGGAAAAAACACAACCAGGUUGUGUCAAACUAUCAGACUGUUUGUGCCUCUGGCAAACAAUAUUUUUCAUCCUUCUUUGUAUGUUUAUGUCCCUCUACUUUGAAACAGAUCUACAGUAUACUGUGUAAGACUAAAUGUGUCAACAUGGUGGCUGCUGUUGAAUAAACAUAUCUUAUUAUCCAAACUGUAGGGAAAAAUUAGAACUCCUGUCACCCAGGAGAAGUGAUGCUAUCGUAGUCGUUUUGUCAGGUUGUCUGUUUUAUAAUUGCAGACAAUGUGAUGUGACAAGGUUACAGAAUAUUUUAUAAAUGAUUUUAACUGCCAGUGUCAGUUUGCUUCUGUUUAAAUCUGGUUUAUGUGUAGUGGAUUUCACUCAGUUUCACUUUACAGUUAAAUGUGAGAUAUUAAAUUAUCAAAUUUCAUCUUU